AGUAGAAGAUAAAUAAGAGCAAUAUUAAAAUAUUUCGACUCAUUCUGAACAGUUAUCAGGGGGUUAGAGUAAUCUUCCUAUUUAAACUGCAAACUAGCUGCUCUGUUGGCUAUCUGCAAUAUCGCUCCUCUCUGAUUGUUUCCUAGAAAAUGAGUUCUUCUAAUUUCAGAAGCCUCACAAUUAUACUUCUCAUUCUUGUGCUUGGUUGGUCUUCCACAUUUGAAACCUGCGAUGCUAGAAGAGGCAAGCACUGGAGACAUAAUAGAAAUUUUCCGACAUCUUUGUCUAAGAAGAAAGGAAAGAAUCAUGUUAGUAGUCAUCACCACAGUAAUGGCAACAAGCCAAAACCAAAGACUCCAUCUCCAGUAGCACCAGCACCUCCAGCAACUAAACCAAAGGAUGAUAAUACACCAGCACCGCCAACAAAAGACCACAACUAUAUUGCAGCUUCAACAUAUCAUGUAUUAGAUUUUGGUGCCAAAGGGGAUGGGAAAACCGAUGAUACGAAGGCAUUCGAAGCUGCAUGGGCAGCAGCUUGCAAAGUUGAGGCUUCCACCAUAGUCGUCCCGUCAGAUUAUGUGUUCGUUGUGGGCCCUGUCUCAUUCUCUGGUCCUUACUGUCAAAAUGACAUCGUCUUUCAGCUUGAUGGUACUAUCAUUGCUCCAACAAACUUCAAGGCAUUUGGUUCAGGUCUUUUUCAAUGGAUUCAAUUUACAAAACUGGUAGGAAUCACAGUUCAGGGUAAAGGCGUCAUAGAUGGAAGAGGGUCCAUUUGGUGGCAAGAUUCCUCACUAGAAGACCCUUUAGAUAAUGAAUCAGAACUCGUUGUUCCAUUAAAUAGCACAGUGAAGAAACAUCUACCAGUUCCAAUAAGCAGCUCACUCGGACAGAUGCCAAGCAUCAAGCCAACUGCACUGAGGUUUUACGGGAGUUUUAAUGUAACAGUAACUGGCAUAACUAUUCAGAAUAGCCCUCUAUGCCACCUCAAGUUUGAUAAUUGUUUGGGAGUUUCUGUAUACAAUAUAUCAGUGUCAUCCCCUGGUGAUAGUCCUAAUACAGACGGCAUUCACUUACAAAAUUCGAGAGAUGUUUUGAUCCGUACUGCCAACAUUGCUUGCGGAGAUGACUGCAUCUCCAUACAAACGGGAUGCUCAAAUGUAUAUGUGCACAAUGUGAACUGUGGACCGGGACAUGGAAUCAGCAUUGGGGGGCUUGGAAGAGAUAACACAAAAGCUUGCGUCUCAAACAUUACUGUUCGAGACGUUAAUAUGCAUAACACAACGAAUGGUGUCAGGAUAAAGACCUGGCAGGGUGGGUCUGGUUCCGUACAAGGAGUACUAUUCUCGAAUAUUCAAGUUUCAGAAGUCCAAUUCCCAAUCAUAAUUGACCAAUUUUAUUGCGACAAAGCCAAAUGCAAGAAUCAAACAACUGCUGUGGCUCUAUCAGGUAUCACCUAUGAAAGAAUAAGAGGAACAUACACUGUAAAACCCGUGCACUUUGCCUGCAGCGACAGCCUUCCCUGCACGGAAGUCACCCUAAACGCCAUCAACCUAAAACCAAUACAAGAAAAAUACCACAUGUACGAUCCAUUCUGCUGGCGUACUUUUGGAGAGUUGUAUUCCGCAACUGUCCCUCCAAUAGAAUGUAUAGAGGUUGGCAAGCCAUCAAACAACCGGAUUCAAUCAAAUCAUGAUCUAUGCUAAACACUAGCUCAAUUCACAUUUAAUUGUGUGGUCAGCGCGAAUUCCUGACCCCUUCCAUACCAUUAGCCCAGAGGGAACGACGGGAGAUGUUAUUUUGUAGGCAUUCAUCUUUAGUAGGACGCGGUUCUUAUUGUGUAAAAUUAUACAUACACUAUAUUAGCUCAUAGUUUGAUAGGGAGGUUUCUUGACCUCAUUGAAGGAUCUACGGACAAUAUCUAAGAAAGCUUGAUUGUUUUGUGUAUAUAAAUAAAUAGAUGUAUACAUGCAUCCGUUUGCGAUCAUCAAAUACCAUAGUGAUGCAAUUAUUUACUGACA